AUGCCACAAGUUGGAUUAGGUACUUGGCAGUCCUCUCCGGGCGAGGUAAAGGCUGCCGUGAAAACCGCUAUCGAGAACGGUUAUCGUCUGAUCGACACAGCUGCAGUUUAUGAAAAUGAGGAAGCCAUUGGUGAAGUAAUAAAGGAGAUGAUCGAUGCAGGCAAAAUCAAGCGGGAGGAUCUGUUCAUCACCACAAAGGGACCGUUUAGGUGUGGAUUACACACGAACACCCGGACGACACCUGAAGGAGCAAUUCGCGAAUCUCUGCGUAAACUUAAAAUGGACUAUGUUGAUCUUUACUUGUCUCAUAUGCCAACCUGCUUCAAUCACGAAAUGACACAACAGAAUAAGUCCGUGACAGUGGAGGAUAUAUGGCGUGGUUUGGAAGGUGUUUACAAUAAGAAACUCACUAGGGCGAUCGGAGUGUCAAAUUGGAAUGGCGAACAAGUGGAACGAGUCAUGAAAUCCGGUACCGUACCAGUUCAUAACAACCAGGUAGAGCUCCACCUCUAUUGGCCUCAACAUGAGCUGCAGGCGGUCUGCAACAAGCAUAACGUUUCCAUCACUUCCUACGCCACUUUGGGAUCGCCUGGUCGAGCCGCCUUCAUGCCUGACAAAUUCGGUUGGAAAGAAGCUCCAAAGGACCUGGACGAUCCGAAUGUGAAAAAGUUGGCCAAGAAGUACCACAAAACUCCAGCACAGAUUUUGUUGCGUUACGUGAUGGAUCGCGACAUGGCAAUCAUACCGAAGUCUGUGAAGCCUGCGCGUGUAGUUGAGAACUUCCAGUUGUUCGACUUCAAAUUGAGCAAAGACGAAAUUAAACUGCUUGAAUCGACGAAGAAUCGCCAAAGGCUCUUCACAGACGAUUUCAUGAUCGGCCAUCCAGAAGAUCCAUUCAAGUCCGAGAGAAAGUGA